CCGAGGAUGUUGUGGAGCAAGCAAAAUCCCAGCCCCGCGUGAAAAGGUACAGGCCCGCCAAAUGUUCUCCUGUCGUCUCCAUUCUAGGUCCUUACAUAGUCCGAUCUUCGCUCUCGACGCCUCAUUUGCCCACAGCUCCCUCCAAAAUUAGAGUCAGAGAACAGAAGAAAGAAAUAAUGGUGGAAUCAAAGCAAGAUAAAACGGACUUCCUCUCCUCUCCACCACCCUUGUGCGACAACGACACCGAAAAUGAGCGUAAUCGACAUUCUCUUCAGAGUCGACGAGAUUUGCAAGAAGUACGACAGGUACGACGUCGACAAGCAGCGCCAGCAAAAUGCCUAUGGAGACGAUGCCUUCGCUCGCCUGUACGCUCAAAUGGAAGAAGAAAUCGAUAAAGCUGUCCAGAAAGCUGAGAUGAUUUCCAUGGAGAAAAACAGGGCGGCUGCCGUUGCGAUGAGCGCUGAGGUUCGUCGACUGAAGGCUCGAUUAAUGGAAGAGAUUCCUAAGCUGCAGAAAUUGGCUAAAAAGAAGGUGAAGGGGCUUUCAGAAGAAGAACAAGAAGCUCGUGUGGAUCUGGUUUUUGCACUAUCAGAGAAGAUUAAAGAAAUUCAAGAUGGGACCAUGUCUGCAUCCAAGCAAACUGGUGGAUGGGGAGCUUCAUCAUCUAACAAAAAUAUUUUGUUUGACUCAUUUGCUACGACAUCAGAUACAGACUUUGACAACAAUUUUUUCGAGCAAAGUGAAGAAUCAAGUCAAUUUAGACAGGAAUAUGAAAGGCGGAAAAUGAAACAGGAUCAAGGUCUUGAUGUUAUAUCUGAAGGAUUGGAUACACUUAAAUGUUUGGCUCAAGAUAUGAAUGAGGAAUUGGAUAGGCAAGUUCCUCUGAUGGAUGAAAUUGAAACAAAGGUGGACAAGACUACGGGUGAUCUUAGAAAGACUAAUGUUAAGCUCAAGGAAACAGUCAACCGGCUGCGUUCAAGUCGGAACUUCUGCAUUGACAUCAUUCUGUUGUGUGUUUUUCUGGGAGUUGCUUCUUAUUUAUACAAGUGGGUUCAGUAUUUAUACAAUUUUAGUAUAUUACUCCCUUUUGUGGCUUUCUUCAAUACUGCUUAUGUUAGAGCUUCUGGCAAGCAAAACAUUCAUUAUCUAAUAAAUUUGAUACAGAAUAUUUGCCAAUGGAAUCUUUUUUCAUGGUCAUUUCCUAAUGAAAUUUUGCAUUGCUUUUGCAGUAUACUGAAAUAAAUUGCUUUUGAAGGCCUCUUCUACAUCUUGUUUGAAUGUAAUCUUGUAAGGUAUAAGGUUCUUCUGUUACUUGGGGGCUCUUGUCUAUGUGUUUCAAUAUUUGGUCCAUUUCAUUUAUUGUUGUUGCCUGGGAAAACUGUUUUGGAUUGGUCACUUCAUUGUCUAUUUGACCUUUCAGAUUAUGGUGAUUAUGCAUUUUGAUGGGGAUUAUGAUGUGUUUAUUGUAAUAAUAGUCUUUAAAAUGUUAUUUUCAGAUCUUAAUACUUCUUUUUUUAAGAUCUUAGUGCUUAGUUUGAGAACAUUUUCAUUUUCUCAAUAGAUUCUUUAAUGUGCUUCAAAAAUAUGUUGUAAACCUUACAGCAGUUUUAAAUAAGAAAACUCAUGAGUAGAUGGACAGAAACUCAACAUGCCUCACAUGAAGAAUCACAUAAGGCUACACAUGAUAUAUAGAUUAUAGAUUGCUGAUUUGGUUUACUGACUGCCAGUCAGCGUGCAUGGUAAUCCAUUCUCUGUGCUCUUCAUCUUCUCUGUAUGGUCUCUUAACUUGAAUUUUUAUUUACUGCAAGUAUCAAUAUGGGAAGGCCAAUUCUUUGAGUCCCUGGAAUUUGAUAGAUGAAUCUGACGAAUUAGAGUUGUAGAUCCCACCUUCAUACUGGGUUUGGCUGUAGUAGUUCAAAGCGUUGUUGUCCACUGCCUUGUUAGCAAGAGGAUCCUCAAUUCUGUUGUCACCACUUAGUUUCUGGUUGGAUGGUAGGAUAUUCCCAUGCCCAUUUCCAACAUCAGGAUUCCUAUUUAGUGUGUUGAAAUAACCAUCUAAAUCUAAA